CAUUGACUGGCGCACGCUUCUUCAAAUACAUUGACGUCCCUGCCGCGCCAUCUUUAGAAAACAGUGAGCCCAACACUGAAUGAAACUUAAUUUUCGUCGUCUGUGAUCGCUGUUCGCUGUAUGGAGUGAUAUCCUUGUGUUUCCAGGUGUUUGAUCAGUAAAGGUGAUCAUGGGGAUCAAGACUCCGCGCGCUCGGGUCUUCUUUGACAUCGGCAUCAGUAAUGUGCUCGUUGGCAGAGUUGUGAUUGAAUUAUUUUCAGACGUCUGUCCCAAAACUUGUGAAAACUUCAGAUGCCUCUGCACAGGUGAAAAGGGCAUUGGAAAGGGAACCAUGAAACCCCUGCACUACAAGGGAUGUCUGUUCCAUCGAGUCGUAAAAGACUUCAUGAUUCAAGGAGGAGACUUCAGCGAAGGCAAUGGACGAGGAGGGGAAUCCAUCUAUGGAGGCUUUUUUGAAGAUGAAAGCUUCGCUGUUAAACACAACAAGGAGUACCUGCUGUCUAUGGCCAAUAGAGGCAAAGAUACAAAUGGAUCACAGUUUUUCAUUACAACAAAACCUUCGCCUCAUCUGGAUGGGGUCCAUGUGGUUUUUGGUCAUGUGAUUUCUGGCCAAGCGGUUGUUCAAACCAUGGAGAACCAGAAAACGGAUCCUAAUAGCCGGCCGUAUUCUGACGUGAAGGUUUUGAACUGUGGAGAGCUUGUCCCUAAGUCCAAAGCAAAGAAGGAUGAAAAGAAGAAGGAGCGAGCGUCUUCCAGCUCCAGCAGCAGCUCCAGCGAGUCUGAGAGCUCGUCACAAUCCUCCUCGGAGUCUGAAGAAUCUGAGAAGGAAUCUAAGAAAAAGAAAAAGAAGGCGAAAAAGCUCAAAAAGAAACAGAAGAAGAAGGAAAAGAAAAAGUCCGAGGCUGAGAGUGCUGAGGAGAAAGAACAGGAAGAGCUGGUUACCUCCACUGUGCGUCCUGAAGAUAUCCCAGCCAUCCCAGAGAACCGAUUCCUCAUGAGGAGGAGUCCACAGGCGGUCCAGAAGACAAAAGAAGAGUCCGAAAAGGAUCCGCCAACCAGAGAGGAAAGACCAAGAGAGAGUGCUGGCACAAGAUAUAAUUCUCAGUCAUCCUAUAACCGAAGACUUGUGAUGACAAGAUCUGGGAGGAAGAUAAAAGGCAGGGGUCCACGGCGCUAUCGAACUCCGUCGCGCUCUCGCUCAAGGUCCAGAGAUCGUUUCCGCCGCAGUGAGACCCCUCCACACUGGCGUCAAGAGAUGCAGCGUCAGAGGAUGAGGGCGGUCACCGGAGAGCGCUGGAUAAAGGGGGACAAAGGGGACAUGGUUGAGGCCAAAGAAGAGGCUGCUAAAGCUCCAAGACGAGAGAGACGAACCUCCGACACAAAGCAUGAACGCACAGCUGAGGGUAAAAAAGACAAGAAAAGCCGGUCACAUAGAUCCAAAAGCAAAGAAGAGGACACUGCUGAAAAGGAUGACAAGCAUAGCAAACACAAGGGAAAGAAAAAAGAUAAGUCUCAAAGCCGCAGUAAAAGCAGAGAAAAGAGCAAGAGGUCAAAAAGCAGAGAGAAGAGUCACAAGCAAAAAAGUGAGGACAGAAAAGGUCGCUCGAGGAGCAAAGACCGAAAUAAGAAGGAAAAGGAGUCCGAGUCUGAUCACAGUAAAGAUAGAAAUAAGAGUCACGAUGAGUCCGAUAAAAAGGCUAAAGAGGAUGCCAAAGGUAGAAAUGGUGAGAAGAUUAGGACAAAGUCCCAAAGCAAGGAAAGACAAACUUCAAAAGAUGAACAUAGAUCCAGUAGCAGAAACAGGGACAGGAGCGCACCUGCUGUGCCAAAAGACAAAGAAGAAAAACGAGAUAAAGACAGAGACAGGGGCCGAGAGCGUAGCAGGAGUCAGGAGAGGCGGCACAACAGCGAGAGGGAGAAUAAGAAACGAGGAACAUCCAGGGAUAAGGAACAUCGGACGAGAAGUCCAGACAGAAAUAAGCCGAGAGACUCCCACCGAGGCAGGCGCUCGAGAAGCAAGAGUGAUAACAAAAGAGACCACAGCAGAGAUCGGUCGUCUCAUAGAAAGGACAAAGAGUCCGACAGACAGAGGAGAAGACGUAGCAGCAGCUCAGACAGUGAUAGAGAUGAGAAGAGGAAGCGUCGGAAGAGUCAAGAUUCCAAACGCAGAGAAGGAAAGAGUUCCUCCAGAACUAGAGACGGGAGAAGCCCGAGACCAGAUAGUACAAAGGGCAGAGACCGACACGACAGCAAGAGGAAUAAAUCGAGCUCUAGCUCAAGCUCUGACAGUGACUGAGCCUGAUCACAUCCUACAGGAACACAAUUAAAUUUUAAAAGUCUGUCGCUUAUCUUACACCCACUAAGCAUGCAGCUUCAUUUCAAAACUGUGAAUACUGCUCAAUCUUACAAUGGCAGACUCUUGACUUGUUUUAGGUCUGAAUGAAAGUCAUGGAUGCGUCCCUCACUAAGAGAUGGUUAGCUGAUGCUGCACAGCCCAUUUAGUGUAUGUGUGUGUGUGGGGGGGGGGGGGGGGGGGGGGGGGGAUUAGUGACUGAGAAAGAAAUGUAUGCACUGCAUCAGCAGUAAGGACCAGGUGUUCUUUUGACUGUACAUGACCACCUUUGAAAAGGCUGUAUUUUUAUUUUGGAUUCUGUGGUAAAUUAUUUUUUGAUUUUACAAUAGCUGAAAUUUCAAACGGCUUUUAUUGCAACAGAAAUCCUUUAUAAUGUAUUUUUUCCCUCCUGAAGAAUAUUAUCCUGUAUUUGUUUUAAUUUUACUCUGUUGGGUUGUGGGAUCAGUUCCGUCUCUAAGUUUGGCAAAUGUCUAAUGUUUACUCUUAAAGUUAUUUUUACUACAACAAUCUGGAAAAGAACAUUUGUAAUUUCUUGCAUGCUUAUCCAUGUCAUAGUUAGAUAACAUGUGUAUCCGUGACUUUGUCUUUUUUUUGUUUUUGUACAUCCAUGACCUUAAACUGUAAUCCUAUUUGUUAGCCUGGGUAUUUUUUUUUUGAUAGGAACAAUGUCAGUCAUGCUGUAAGAACAACAUAAAAAUCAUUUGUAUAA